AGCUAACGAUAAAGGGAAGAUUUUUCCACUUCUGACCUCUAAAAAUUUAUAAAGAUUUGAGAAAAUAGUAUAAAAGUAAAAUAAAUCUAACGUUUAGUAGUUUAUUAUAUUAAUUUAAAUCCUAUCUUGAUCUAUCACGCCUGCUUGAAUAAAUAGCAAAUCAAAAAAUCAAUAAAUGACGCAGAGGACGCAGAUAUGAUGCAAAAAGAGUUCAGAAUUGAGCCACCGUCCCCUAGUCUUUCUUAACCUUUCGCUGCUGCGAAAUUCGUGUUUUCCAAUUGGAGUUGGUUCUUAGUGAAAUUCUUCUCGAAAUGUCUACAAUUAGUGCAAAUACAGCCCUGAGGAUAUUGAGGAAUAUUCCAGGAAUUUCCCACACGCCCAAUUCAAGCCCAUUCCGCUUCAUAAGUCUCUCAACAUGCCGGCGGAACUUUGCUUCCGAGGACACGAAGCAGGAUCAGACUGCAGAAGCAUCGGAAAGUGAGAAGAAGCUUUCAGCCAUGGUGGAGGAGCUCAACAAGGAGAUUCUUUCGUACAAGGAAAAGAAUACAGAGCUGCUGGAUAAAUACAAGAGAGCCCUUGCUGAUGGAGAAAAUCUUCGUGUUCGCUUGACUAAACAAAUUGAGGAUGCAAAACAAUUUGGAAUCCAAAGCUUCUGCAAAGAUCUUCUGGAGGUGGCUGACAUCCUGGCAACUGCAACGGAUACAGUGCCCAAGGAGGAGAUCUCCGAUAAGAAUCCCCAUCUGAAGAACCUCUAUGAGGGUCUCUCCAUGACCAAAGUAUCCCUAGAUCAAGUUUUCAAGAGACACGGCCUCGAAAGGGUUAAUCCGCUUAAUGAGAAAUUCAAUCCGAAUCUCCACGAAGCCCUCUUCCAAUUGGAGAAAAAGGACGUUGAGCCCAAUACGGUGAUCGAAGUGAGCAAAAUUGGAUACAAACUGAAAGAACGCUGCAUACGACCUGCCCUUGUGGGUGUCUCAAAAUCUUCGUGAUCUGGUCAAGGCGGGCACAAAUUGCUGCAUUUCCUCCCUCUGUAAUCCUGGUGAUUUCCUGCGAAUUGUUAUCUCUGUCGCAUCCCCAACAAUAAAUAGUUCUUAGAUAUUGUCAAAAAAAAA